CCGCAUAGCCACCAAUUUAAAUCGGAUGGCGGAAGUGAAAAUCCACCGCACAACUCCAUACAUACAUACCAACAUUUUUACAAGGAUAUAGACACCACCCACAGCUCAGAGUGUAAAUGAUAAGUUUAUGCUCUCUCUCUCUCUCUCUCUCUCUCUAUCUCUCCGAAGUCCGAACAAUCACAAACACUCGUAUUCUCUGAGAGACAGACAAAGUUCAAUGCUAUAACCUGAGCAUUCAGCAUUAAUGGCAAUCACAAGUUCUGAGACUCACUCCGCCGCCACCACCACCUCAAAGAUACCUCCUCCCAUGGAUGUUUUAUCAGUAAAAUGUGACUCGUGCGGGUUCACAGAAGAGUGCACCCCCGCGUACAUUCUUCGCGUCCGCGAAAGGUACCAAGGCCGGUGGAUAUGCGGGCUCUGCGUCGAAGCCGUGAAAGACGAGGUUCUGAGAUCCGACAUGUGCAUCUCCACCGAAGAAGCUCUCAACCGCCACAUCACUUUCUACAAGCAGUUCAGAUCUUCUACUUCUCUCAAAGAAGCUGAGUACCCUAUCUCCGCCAUCGGCAGGCUUCUCCGGCGAAGCUUGGAUUCCCCAGGACCUCUUAGGUCCAGUUCGAGUACCGAUUUGUCUCCAGUUGAUGGGGUUCGGGGUUCUGGUCUUGUUCGGUCCGAAAGUUGUCUCCCUUCUCUAUCCCGUUAAUGGAUUAUGGAAAUUAUAAAGGCAACUUCCAAAUUUCUGGGUUUUCUACUUUUCUUCUUCCUUUUUCUUUUCCCUUCAUACGAUGCUAUCGACUGUCGAGGAUAGGCCGCCUAAAACCAGAGCAAGUAAUCUUUGAUGGUGAAAUGAUCAUGUCAAGGUGCUCUUGGAUUUUCCAUCAAAAUUGAAUUUCUCCAUUGCCCAUUUUGAUAUACAAGAAUUGUCAAGGAGACUGCUCCAAUUUUUAUUUUUAUUUUCUGAGAUAUUAGUUGCAGGAAAAUGGUGGGGUUCAGUUUUCGGUGGCCACUCAAAACACGUCUAGGAUCAAUUUCACUUGUCUUGGCUGUAUCAGUGAAAUGAAAGGUCGUGUAAAGGAGACUUUAAUUCUACAAAGACUUUUACGAGCA